CAAUCGGCGUAUCCGGUUAGUUUGUUCAAGUGAGAAAACUGUUUAGAACGUCAGUCGUGCACGUGGGUGUCAUCAGAGAACAUGAAAGCCAACUUACUCAGUCAGGCUAAGAAGAGCUUUCAGUUUAAACGUUUCAAUAAUAAAUAAAAUAUUGUAUUUCUCAUUUUUAGUACAGGUCUUCAAAGUGCACUGUGUUUUUUUAAAAAUAACUUUUUACUUAAAUUGUAUGUGACUUCCUGCCUUUGGAUUAAUCUGAAAAUGCUUAAUGUCACAUUUAUAGAAAUUGUUGCAGCAGGAAUUCCUCCCCCAGGGGAUCAUGGGAAAACACCUGUUGCUAAUUCGUGGCGGGAAAAGCUCUCUCAGUUUGAAAAUUUCAAUGUCGAUCCCAUCUCUCCUGGACUACUUGAAAGUUUGGAAUUUCGAAAAACCAGGACUGACUGACGAUCUCCAGAUCUAAGGGAACGGAAGUCCCGCACUCUUGAAUUUAUCAUUAAUCAGCAAGUGAACACCCUACAGUGAUGUUAUAAACUUAGAAACGGUUGGAAUUCGUAAUGGCUGCCGGUGCCGUCGGCAAGCGUCGGUUUUUCGGCUUUCAACUUUUCAGUACGGGAUGUGGAUGUCAUGUUCGUUGUUUUUGAAUGCGAAGAAGUGUCGUUUGGGGACGAUCGGCUAAAAAGGCAAUGCGUGAGGAGUGCACUAAUUGUUUCGAGUCGAUUUAUCCAUUUCGCGUCUAAAGAGGGCGUCAAGUAGCUGCUCGCCUACCGAGCCAGAAAAUCGAGGACACGAGUGCUCUGGGUAGACGAGCCCAGGAGUCUCGCAAAAGAUCAUCCUCGACCUUGUCCUCCUCGGCGAGGGAUCUUCAAUCUUGAAAACUGCUUCCCAAACGAGCGACGAGAAUCGAUUUCAAUAUAGCAGGGGUAAAAAGAUAUCGACUCUUUCUGAUUAAUUAUGACAAAGAAUAAUAAUGACCACUGUACCAUGAUUCAUCAAUAUACGACAUGAAGUCACAGAAUACUUUUCAAACUCAGGAAAAACGAAACAACAUGGUAGACCAGACCGAGGAGGCUAACGAAAAAUACGACGAGUUCGAUACAGUUAAAAUGCCAAUUGUAAGAUCGCUCAGUAAGAGUCCGCUAAGUGAUGAAGGGAUCGAAACUGAUUCGGAAAGAAAAAGAGCAAUGAUGGGACGUUGCUGGAGUUUGGAUUCGGCUGUUCCAAGCGAUGAGGAUAUUUCCCAAGGUGUUCAACAGAGCAGGCAAAAUAAACUGCAAGUUACGAGAUGUUGCAGUUCGGACAGUGCUGUUCUCAGUGAUGAUGAUCAAGUCAAAGGAUGGGAUAAUACAAUUUUGGGUGACAAUGUGGAUUACGAAUCGAAUGAAGGAAGGCCAAGAUACUGGAGGACUCCCAGCGUUGUAGUGAGCGAUUACUCCGACUAUUCGUACAUUGAUGAGAGAUUCGAAAGAAGUGAUCCUGAUUUAGAAAAGUUUGAAGGACACAGCGGAACUCCAAGUCAAGCAAGCAGCUGCUCUUGCCUUGACUGUGAUGAGAUUCGAGAAUUUCGGGAAGACAAUCAUCUCCUUCAAGUUUGCCGGCACAGGCGUCACUCCGAUUCCUGCUGUCUCUGCAUUAGUCCCACGUGUGCCCCUUCUUCGAGGAAUCUUCACGAGAAUGGGACCAGAAGAAAUUCCUGUUUUGGAUCAUCGAGCCCCUAUCUGACGAAGCUGCAAGAAGCUAAUCAGGGCGCGGAUUAUGAACAGAUUUCUUCGGAUCAGGAGAAAUCUUCUGUCGCUUUUUUGAACAUCCCUCCGGUGCGAAAAAUUUCUGACUGUUCCACAAACUCUAGUCUCAGCGGAGAUGAAUUUGAGGUCACUGAACUGCAUCCGGUGAAACCUUCAAAGACUUCAGGAUGGAGGAAGCUCAGAAAUAUUGUUCACUGGACGCCCUUCUUUCAAACUUACAAGAAACAACGUUAUCCAUGGGUUCAGUUGGCAGGACACCAGGGAAAUUUUCGAGCAGGUCCAACUCCAGGAACGAUUCUAAAAAAACUUUGUCCCCAAGAAGAAGCAUGCUUCAAAUUAUUGAUGCACGACGUUUUGAGGCCUUAUGUACCUGAAUUCAAAGGAGUUCUAGAUGUUCGGGAAUCAGAGGAAAGAACUCAACCGGAUCCAGAUUCGGUUGUGACGAGGGAAGGCGAAACGGAAGUGGAUAAAAGGACAAUCAUAUCUUCGUAUCUGCAACUUCAAGACCUUUUGGGCGACUUCGAACAGCCUUCUGUUAUGGACUGCAAAGUUGGAGUCCGAACUUACCUAGAAUCAGAGCUCGCCAAAGCCAAAGAAAGACCUAAGUUGCGUAAGGACAUGUACGAAAAAAUGGUACAAAUCGAUCCUUCCGCCCCAAGUGCCGAAGAACGUAGAGUUCAAGGAGUCACAAAACCCCGAUACAUGGUUUGGCGAGAAACAAUUUCCAGUACAGCGACUCUUGGUUUUCGAGUCGAAGGCAUCAAAUUAGCGCAUGGUGGUUCUUCAAAAGACUUCAAAACGACAAGAACUCGAGAGCAGGUAAGCGAGGCGCUAAAGCGAUUCGUCGACGGCUAUCCUCACGCAGUUCCAAAGUACCUCCAACGCUUGAAAGCGAUUCGAGCAACUUUAAAAGCUUCGUCGUUCUUCGCUUCUCAUGAAGUUGUCGGCUCGAGUCUUUUAUUCGUCCACGACUCGCGGAACGCUGGAGUUUGGAUGAUUGAUUUUGCGAAAACGCUGCCCUUGCCGCAGCACUUGCCUCAAAUUUGCCACGACGCCGAGUGGCAAGUUGGCAAUCACGAGGACGGCUAUUUAAUUGGUGUCAACAAUCUCAUAGACAUUUUCGAAGACAUCCGAAACUCCGAGACGUAAUUUACUUAAAAAAAAAGAAACUGCCAGAGAACCUCACCGAUUGGGGGGAACAGUGGACCAAUCCAGAUCUUCGAUACCGAAAUUAGUAUAAAUGACUUUCUCUAAUUUGAUUACGAAUUCAAAGAAUUCAGUAUGGUUGACGACAAUCUACGUAAAAAGUGGACGUACAAAGUAAUGACGUAGGUGAUAAACACUGCGAGAAAGUAUUUCAGGAAAGAACAUUUUUCGUAAUUUGUCAAUCACAACGAGAAACAGACCAAAGACGCGGUGGCUUUUUGCUGCCAAGAAAUCCACAACUGUGUAUUAAAAGCAGGGUGUCUACUCAAAUCCUGAAAAAAAAAUUCCUGGCAAUUCCAGUUUUUUUUUCUAGAUAUAUAUAUAUAUAUAUAUUUUUUUUUUUUUUAA